GCCGCAUACGUGAAAAAGCGAAGUUGCAAAACGAAGCAGAAACAGCGCAAACGCUAGAAAAGAGCGGCAGGGCCAAAAAUUAAGUGAAAAAGUGGUCAUAAAAACGCCGUCAAAAUUAUUAAAAACGCUCAAAACGCAGGCCGAAAGUCCCUGACUAAAAUGGCUAUCCAGCUGGACAAGAUUCUGGCGGAUAUUUCCAAGGAAAAGGCUCUGCACCCAAACAACGCCAGUGCCACCAAACAGGAGCAGGAUGACGCCUGGGCGCGCAUUGGUCGCCUCAACAAGCUGACUGUGCACGAGUCUCGCUCCAUUUUCAUAGUGCUGCAAAAAAAAUACGAGCAGGAGAAAUUGAAAGGUAACUCCGGCUGGAAAUUGUUUGGGCUCAUGCAAAAAAUUCACCAGGAGCCCAAGACGGUGGUCAAAACGGAAGAUGAGCAAUUGCCAAUGGAGGAAGUGGAGGAGUAUGAAAUGCUAGAAGUGCAGGAGCAGGAAGAAGAUGAUGACGAUAGCUCUGCCACUACGACUCGGCCACAAUAUGGCCAGCCAACCAAUUCCACAGGUUCAGCCAGCUCGGAUGGCGACAGUCCCACAAAAUCGAAUAGUACUGGUGGCGGCACACCCGAAAAAGAGGAUAAACCAUACGCUAAACCCAAUGUGGAUACGCCACGUCCAGCAUUCGAGGAGAAGAAGCUGCUAAAUACCAUGGCCAACAACAAUCCGCAACGCUCACAGACUAACUCACAGGCCAAUGCUGUCUCCGUGGCGGCAGCGGCACUUCAAAAGAAAGGUAUUACCUUGAAAAAGACACCGAGCAGCGCCGCAGCUGGACACAAAUCAACGGCAGCGGCAACGGCACAACAACAACAAUCGAACAGCAAUAAGGCUACGGCCUCCGUACGCACCACAAUCCAACUUCCCGAUUCGAUGAAGCGCAAGUUGUCUGAUGAGUGCGCCAGUUCGGCAUCGCAAAAGAAACUCCAGAAAACACAGACUAGCCCCAAGGGCAGCCACGCAGCAGCUGCUGCUGCUGCUGCUGCUGCUGCUGCUGCUGCUGCUGAACCUUCAACUCCAACUUCUGCCCCAACCAAUGUGGUGCACACGACCACUGCUCAGUUGCUGCAGGUAAAGAAAGAGCGUGAAAGCAAUCAAUCACCACCGCCGGGCAUUAACAUCAUAACCAUACCUGCCGCCUCACAGCAGCUCAACGGCAAUCUCGGUGGUGGCGGCGGUGCCAACUCUUCGACAGGGGCUACAAUGGCCUCCACAUCGGUGGCCAGCACCAAUGGUUAUUCUCCGCACCUCGAAGAGCUGGACUUUAAGAACGAAAUCAUAUUUGAUUCGAGCAAAGUGAAUGCCGGCUCCCAUAACACAGCAGAAAUAAUUAAUUUGGGCAACUUUGAUAACUCGCUGCCGCCGACAUUCUUCAAAAAUCUAUGCAAUUCAACGCGCCAUGAGGCACUCGGUCUCUAUGUGGCCAAUGUGAUGAAUCGAAUCUCACAACGCGCCGCUGCCAAACUGGAACUGGGCAUACUACGUGCCAUUGUGGACGUGCAAAGCGAUGAACUGGAGCAGUAACAAUUUGAUCAAGAUUGACGGAAAAA